CGUUGCCAGCCGAGAGGACAGCCUUGAAACUGGUCUGAGUUAUCUUCGCCCAGGAGACUCCUAGAAACUCUGGCGUCGGUGAUUAGACCAUCGUCUGAGCGAGACGCUGCAGAGAGGGCACUUGUGAAGAAAAUCGACCUGCGGUUACUGCCAAUCAUUGUGAUUAUGUAUAUUUUGAACUACCUUGAUAGGAAUAAUAUCGCAGUCGCGCGACUGGCUGGGCUAGAGGAUGAUUUGCAUUUGGUUGGCAAUCAAUAUCAGACUGCAGUUAGUAGUCUCUUCGUUGGCUAUCUGUUGGUGCAGGUCCCAUCCAACCUAUUCUUGAAUAAAUUAGGUAAACCAGCCAUCUAUCUUCCCACUGCAAUGACCGUAUGGGGUAUUAUAUCCACUGCCACGGCCGGUGUCCAGUCGUAUGGAGGUCUGAUAGCGGUUCGGUUUUCGCUCGGAUUUGUCGAGGCUGCUUUUUUCCCCGGUUGUUUAUACUAUCUCUCUGCGUGGUAUACCCGUAGAGAACUUGGCCUGCGCACAGCCAUACUUUACUGUGGCUCUCUGGUCUCUGGGGCGUUCUCGAGUUUAAUUGCUGCUGGUAUCACGGGCCACAUGGAUGAUAGAUGUGGUCUUCGCGCAUGGAGAUGGCUAUUCAUCAUCGAAGGUGCUAUCACAGUCGUAGUUGCCGCAAUAUCCGCACUAGUCCUCCCUAAUCUCCCUCGAACCACGGACUGGCUCUCUGAAGAAGAGAAAAGAUUGGCCGCCUGGCGCCUCGAAGAAGAUAUUGGCGAAGAUGAUUGGGUUGACAGCGAGCAUCAGACCUUGCUGCAUGGUGUCAAAAUGGCGCUGGCUGAUAUGAAGACGUGGAUAUUGGUAAUCAUGGUGUUCUGCACCGUCUCCUCUGGCUCCGUGACCAACUUCUUCCCGACAGUAGUACAGACGCUACAAUACGGAAAAAUCGAAACUUUGUUACUUACCGCACCUCCUUACGCUCUUGCCGUGCUAACGGCGCUCGCAAAUGCCUGGCACGCAGACCGUACAGGAGAGCGAUAUUUUCAUAUCACUGUCCCAUUAUAUGUCUCCAUCAUUGCAUUCGUCAUUGCUGCUACAACGACUACUCCAGGACCACGAUAUCUGAGUAUGAUGUUAAUGGUUCCCGGCAUAUAUACUGGAUACGUAGUCGCAUUAGGGUGGAUUUCGAAUAUUUUACCCCGUCCACCGGCGAAAAGAGCGGCAGCAUUGGCGUUUAUUAAUGCCGUUAGUAAUGCAAGCAGUAUUUAUGCAAGUUAUAUGUACCUGGACUCCGCUAGUCCGAGAUACGUAACUGCGAUGUCAGUUAAUUGCAUUACCUCAUUCGCUGCAAUCCUCUCUGCAACCGUGCUGCGAUUCGUCCUUGUGCAUCUGAAUAAGAAGCUUGAUGACUGUGAAUCUGUGCAGAUCGCUGUGGCUGGUGUUUUAGAACGCCCUGGGCGUCGAGGAUUCAGAUUUUUGGUUUGAUCGUGCUAGACAAGUCCAAGGGCAAGUACAUCCCCUAAAUUGGUCAAAAGCGGAUUGAUUAUUUUAUACAAUGGAGUUGCGCAAAUGAAUUGAUAUAUGUUUAGUAGAGCAGGCUUCCUUGAUUCCUUGAAAUGCCGACGAUAUUAAUCCAAGUUUUUCGUGUAACCUCUAGGGACAUGGAAUAAUCAAUAGAAACUCAAUACAAAAAGAGAUGGGGAGGCGCAGCCAAUGAUUCAGAGUCGAAUACUUCCCUCCUUUAUACCAAGGGCGGUACUAGUACCGCCAUUUAAUUUUGUUAGCAC